CCCACUCACCUUUUCUCUCUCACAAGCCACAGAGGCACCAAACACUGCAACAAUGCCUGUACCUGGUGCAUGUAUGAACAUCCUGGAGGCUCGUCAGAAGCAAGAGGGUUAUGGUAGCAUCACCAACCCUGAGAAGUUUCUCAACCAGAACUACAUGGAGCUGAAACAGUACUGUCUCAUCAAAGGAGUAAGGUACAUAGACGACAUGUUCCCACCUGAUGUUAGAUCCAUCGGCCAAGGUCUACUGAGUCCUGCUGACCUGAAACGUGUGGAGUGGCUGAGACCACGGAAAAUUGCUCCUAAUCCUGACUUUGUUCUUGAUGGGAUCUCCAGGUUUGACUUUGGACAAGGAAUAGUUGGAGACUGCUGGUUUCUUGCGUCUAUUGGAGCUCUGACCUUUCAGACUGAAGUCCUCGGGCAAGUUGUUCCUCUCGAGCAAGCAUUUGAUGACAGCUACUGUGGGCUGUUCCACUUCAGGUUCUGGAGAUUUGGAAGGUGGGUGGAUGUUGUCAUUGAUGACAAGCUACCAACAAUCAAUGGCAGACUAAUCUUCGUUCACUCCAAAGACCCAAAUGAGUUCUGGCCUGCUUUGAUGGAGAAAGCCUAUGCCAAGGUGUGCGGUUCCUAUACCGACAUGAGUGCUGGAACUCCUGCCGAAGCUUUGAUGGACUUCACUGGUGGUGUUCACAUGUGUGUCCAGCUGGGAUCCCCUCCUCAAAACUUGUGGGAGCUGAUGUGUAGAGCUGGCCAAUCCAAGUCAUUAAUGGGCUGUGGUACACAUGAAGGGGAAACAUCUGAAAACACUGUGCUGCCGAAUGGAUUGGUCCAAGGCCAUGCCUAUACUGUUACAGGGGUGAAACAGAUGAAGAGCCAAGGAAAACCCAUAAACCUGGUGCGUCUGUGGAACCCCUGGGGAAAAGGGGAGUGGACUGGAGACUGGAGUGAUCAGUCAUCUCUGUGGAAAACCGUGAGUGCUGAAGAUCGUGAAAUGUGCCUUUCAGUGGCUGAUGAUGGAGAGUUUUGGAUGACCCUGGAAGACUUCUGUAAAUUCUACUCAGACCUCGACAUCUGCUGCCUGUGUCCCAGCUUCCUUGAUGGAAGCUCUUCUUGUCAUUGGAAGUCCUCCUUCUAUGACGGCAGAUGGGUUGCGGGAACCACUGCUGGAGGAUGCAUGAAUAAUAGAGACAGUUUCUGGACUAAUCCGCAGUAUCGUGUCAAGGUUGACGGUGAUUAUCCCGAGAAAAUCGGUACAAAAAACAUGCUGGUGUCUCUCAUGCAAAAGCCUGACAAGAGGAACAGACGCCUGGUCCAAAAUCUCCACAUUGGAUUCUCUGUAUUUGAGGUGACCAAACAAUACAAGGAGCUGACCGGGAAGUUCCCAGCCUCUUUCUUCACCAGCCAUGCACCUGUCGCCCAAACCAAAACCUACAUGAAUGCACGUGAGGUGAUGGAGUUCUUUUUACUAAAGCCUGGUGAAUACCUGAUCGUGCCGUCCACCUUCAAUGCCAAUGAGACAGCCUCCUUCAUCCUGACCAUCCUCUCCAAAGCAGAAACCCACACCUAUGAAAACUCUGGAGGCCAUAGCCACAACCAUGAGCCAAUUGAAAACGUUGGCAGAAAGGAAACAAAUGGAGAUGCAAACGAAGAUGUAAAAAAGAGAAACUUUUUCCGUCAGCACUCGGACAAGUAUGAAGAGGUGGAUGCAGCGCAGCUCCAGAUUCUUCUGAAUAAUGAAAUCCUGAAAGGAGACUUGAAAUCUGGAGGCUUCAGCCUUGAUGCCUGUCGCAGCAUGGUUGCUCUGAUGGACACAUCAAUUACUGGCAAACUAAACGGUCAAGAAUUUGUUCGUCUGUGGAACAAGGUCGUCAACUACAGGGACAUUUUCUUCCGCACUGAUGUUUCACGAACAGGAACGCUGUCACUGAGUGAGCUGAGGAAUGCGUUCAUAGCUUCAGGAGCGAAGGUCAGCGAUGACAUGCUCAAUCUGAUGGCUCUGCGUUAUGCCUCCGCUGGACAGGUGACGCUGGAGAGCUUCAUCAGUCUCAUCCUUCGCUUGGACUGCAUGUAUAAAAUCUUCAAACAACUGUCUGACGGAAAGAGCAUGAGUCUUCUUGAGUCUGAGUGGAUUUAUGUUUCCAUGUACACUUAAACCAACAAGGAAGAUGGACUGCACAAUUCAUCUGAUCGAAAGUACAGGAGUACACAUUCCAAAACCAUCUUUAUUUUUUAUUUGCAUUUUGCAUUUUGCAUUACAUUACAUCAGCAUGAUAAGUAAAAGAUGUGUUCCUCUACAAAUAAGCUUUGUAUUUUUUAUGCAUUGCAUUAGACAUUAAUGGGAAACACUUUUGGAGACUUUAUUAGACUUGAGGUUGAAUCAUAUUGCAUAUUCAAAUGAUCAAUGACUAAUGACUAAGUUACUGCAUGUUUGUAUUAUUAGUAGAUCUAUUAAGACAUUUUGUAAAAACAUUUCCGAUUUCUGUAUGACAUGGGCUAAUUUGAACUACAAAAACAUGUAGUUCGAUUUUACACUUUUUAAAGAUGUACUGUAAUGUUGGAUGAAUGUGUGGGUCAGUAAAGAGUUACAGUUUGUACUGUUUGUGGCAUGAGCACUUAUUACUUUCAUUAUUAUCAUUUAUAAUAGUUAACGGUUAAACAUUAUGACCUUUAAUCACAUAUUUACUAAAGGCUCUUCUUUGGAAAUCCAAACUAAGGUUCACCUUAUUUAUGGUGCAGUGUUUGAUUUGGCUGUUAUAGGUACUGUAAAAUAAUUAUUAAUAAUUUCUUGCUCCAUGGAAUUGUUUACUGAUGUUU